AUGCCGCCUCCGCCUCCACCUCCACCUCCGCCUCACCCACGUCGGGAAGACCUAAGGCUGGAUAAGGAGGAGGAGAAGAAGAAGAAGGAAGAGGAGAUUCCAGACGCCGAAUUCGAUCUAGAUCUCGCCGACAUCUACUCGUUCGCCAUUCAACUGGGCCGAGACGCCGGAGCCCUUCUGCUCGACAGCCUGCAUAGGCGACGACGAGAUGGGAGUGAAGAUGAAGCGGACGGCGAUGGCGACGGCGAGCUGGACUUGGAGGAGAAGAUGAAUGCUGUCGAUAUUGUCACCGAGACGGAUCGCGAAGUCGAAGACUUCAUCCACUCGGCCAUCGCCAACCGCUACCCCUCGCACGCCUUCAUCGGCGAAGAGACCUACUCCAAAGGCUCGUCGAAAGAUUACCUCGUCAGCAACGCGCCCACCUGGAUCGUCGACCCUCUCGACGGCACCGUCAACUUCACUCACUCGUUUGUCAUGUUCUGCGUCAGCAUCGCCCUUGUCGUCAACCAGAAACCCGUGAUCGGGGUCAUCUACGCCCCACUACUGAACCAGCUGUUCUCCGCCUGCAAGGGCAAGGGCGCCUGGUUGAACGAGACCACGAGGCUGCCGUUGCUGGGCAAGGUCGGUGUGGGGCCCAUCCCGCGAAAUGCCCCCUCGAAAUGUGUCUUCGCCUGCGAGUGGGGGAAAGACAGGAAAGAUCGGCCCGACGGGAACCUGAGCCGGAAAGUAGACAGCUUUGUCAACAUGGCCGCCGAAAUUGGCGCCAGAGACGGCAAGGGAGGUAUGGUCCACGGCGUCAGGAGUCUGGGCAGCGCCACCAUGGACCUGGCCUACACUGCCAUGGGCGCCUUCGAUAUCUGGUGGGAAGGUGGCUGUUGGGAAUGGGACGUCGCCGCCGGGAUCUGUCUGGUGCAGGAGGCUGGUGGCUUGGUCACGACGGCGAACCCGCCCGACGAUUGGGAAAGUGCUGCGAUUGAGGAUGCCAAGUUAGGUGGCCGCUUGUAUCUCGCUGUUCGACCCGCUUGUGGUGGCCCGGGAGAAACGGCCAGAGAAGGGCAAGAGAGACUGAUCAGAGAGGUCUGGAGAAGAGUGCGGCGUUUGGAUUAUCCUAGACCUGGAGCUUAG